CAUCAAUUGUUAUCGUCUAGUGCAUACAAUAAAUCCAAACCCAACAGCAGUUUUAUCCUGCCAUUGGCAUAAAAGAACUGAUACUAAUGAAAAUUUGUUUCUGACCAAACGAUCGGAAUAAAAAUAAUCAAUGGAAUGAGAAGCCCCAAUUGACAUUAACAAUGUCCCCGAAGGUUCGAUCCUGCCACCUUGAAUUUACAAAAUUGCCAUUAACAAGUGCUACACGAUCACCAGGCAAUAACAUUUUCCAGAAUACAGUGGAAUUCUGAAGAAUGCAUUGGUCCAGUUGCUUUGGUGGUACAUCUGUACCACGUAUCCUCACAAAAUAAUUUCAACCUUGAGCUCGAAGUAUGAAACGCUGGAAGUGCUGGUCAAAGUCCAUUACUCUCACUCAGCUGUAAUUUAUUUUAAACGCCCGAGAGUAAUGCUUGAGUGAACAUUAUCAGUUGUCCUCUGAGCCUCGUGACACGAGGUUGAUCCAUUCAGAUACUGUGAUAACAUCGAUCUGGCCGACUAUCACUGAGUGGAUUAAAUUAUCAGCUGAUCAGAUGGUUAACGAGUUCCACGUUGAAUUUUUGCGAUAAAUCAGUUGAUUAUUUAUAUUUUUGAUCGAGAAUAAAUCAAUGUUCCUCUGAAUCAAUCAGUCUGACUUUUGGUCUCCGAGGUAUGGAUAAAUCAUCGAACGACAUAUACUUGAACAUAACAAUCGAUGAAAAUGAUGUUUUUGAAGGGGCAAAGGAAAUUAUCAAACGAUUGAGACCGGAUUGGUCCACAGGGGAACUGAAAUUCAAGAUUUUCACCGAUGGAAUUACAAAUAGACUCCUUGGAGUUUAUUUUGAUGAUUAUUACAGAAUGGUGUUGAUUAGAAUUUAUGGUAAGAAGACGAAUUUGCUGGUGGACAGACAGGCUGAAAUAAGAAACAUCAGGAUACUGCACAAAGCAGGAUAUACACAUUCCCUGUACGCAACAUUCAACAACGGCCUCGUCUACGAGUUCUUACCAGGGGAAAUUCUGACAGUGGAGGCGGUCAGACAACCAGAAAUUUACAAACUCGUUGCAAAACGUAUGGCCCAAAUGCACAGACUCGAUCCCCAAGAUCCCAUGAUGGUGAAAGAGCCAAUGAUUUGGGACAAAAUAGACUGUUUCAUGAGCCUUAUGCCGAGGCGGUUCGAAGAUCCCAUCAAACAGGCCAAGUACGAAAAAAAGAUAAAACCAUUCGAUAUCUUGGAGCAAGAGUACAAACUACUGAAGGAACAGCUGUCAAAAUUGGACAGUCCAGUUGUAUAUUGUCACAACGACCUUUUGCUUGCUAAUAUUCUUUAUGAUAAGAGGGAUAAAUCAGUUGUCUUCAUUGACUUCGAAUACACAGCUUUCAAUUAUCAAGCAUUUGAUAUUGCCAAUCAUUUUGCUGAAUUUGCCGGGGUUGAAAAUAUAGACUAUUCCCUCUAUCCCGAUGAAACUCUGCAGAGAUCGUGGCUCAGAAUGUAUCUUCAGGUUUACAAUAAAUGCAGCAAUGUAUCUGAAGAUGAAGUAACAAAGGUCUACAAACAAGUGGAAAAAUUUGUUCUCGCAGCACAUUUUCUCUGGGGCUGUUGGGCAAUUGUUCAGUAUGAUAAUUCAUCCAUUGAUUUCGACUUUUUACAAUUUUCUGCAGAUCGAUUCAACGAAUACUUCAGGCGAAAAGCUGUUCUUGGCGAUAAAUAAGUGAAAUAAUUUUUCUCUUUGCGAUUUGGAAAAAAAAAUGUCCCACGCAUUGAACAUCUCAAUCCUUUGUCAAAAUGAAUGCAGUGCAUUUAAUAUUUAUAGUAUUACCACAAGAUCCUCCGUUACAUUCCCGUAAGAUAAUAGUAUUUACCCGUUGAAAUGGACUCGAAUUGAUAUGUGUGAUUGACAGUGGCAAAGCUGGUCUUUAUCAAUUUUAUUCGUCACGAAGACGAGAAUUUGUUAUAUUACUGUAAGAAUGUUAUUGAAUAAAAAUUUUAUCAGCCA